AUGGUGAAUAUAAACACCAAAUUAAUUGUAUUAAUCGUAGUGCUAGCUAAAGGGACAGCUGUAGAUUUUAACAUAUAUCACAAGGAUGAAACAUUGCUUGAUGUUGUGUGUCCAACAGAAGCCAGUUUAGAAUUUGGUUCAUCGAGGACAGUACAAGAAUGUGCAAACAACUGUCAUCUAGAUACAAUUUGCGGAGGUUUCUUCUACAGCAAACAACAGAAAUACUGUAAAGGUGUACCAGGGAUUCUGUCACCGAAUGUGACAUGUAAUGAUUCUAUGGGGUUUGCAUAUUACAGAAAGAAAGCUUUGGAACGAGGCUUUGGUGCUCAGUGCAAUUUUACAGUCGAAUGUACGAUGAAUGCAAGCGUGUGUAAUCAAGGAGCAUGUUCUUGCAAGGCCGGUUACAGCUAUAACUCGUCGGCUGGAAUGUGUGUCAUAGAAUGUGACAGCUAUGGGUCGACCUAUAUCAAGCACGAACACAAAAUGCUAAGUGACCCAUAUAUCUUUUUGGACGAACCUGUUUCUUUUGAAUAUUGCAUGUCAGUUUGCUCAAGCAACACAGUUUGCAGAGGGUUCAAUUUUAAUGGAGGAUUCGGACGAUGUAAGACACUGGCAAUUACUCCUUUGACGCACCCGGAUACGUAUCACGAUAUCUUAACGGUAGAUUAUUAUCAAAGAAAUUGUUCUGAAUAAAACAAAUCAGAGCUUACAAACAAUACAAAUUCGUAAUGUUUUGUUUUACAUGUACCUUUUUGUUAUUGAACAUUAUUUUCAAUAUCUUGUUUUCAAAUUAUAUUGCUCACAAAUAUA